AUGUUACAGAAUCUGCGUCGCUAUGCGCCGCUUUACCCGGUUCUAGGAAUUUUGGGGGCGUGUGCUCAGGCGUUGACAGUUGUUCCUUCCUGCAAUUCCUCAAUUUAUUGCACUGGUGAACUUCUACACAGAGUGCAACUUGCAAGGAUAUUUCCCGAUUCGAAAACUUUCGUCGAUCUUAAGCUCGUUCACACUGAGAAUGAAACGCUUGCAGAUUUUGCAAAGUUAAUGCAAAAAAGUGCCAACAAUCCAUCGCGGGAUCAAUUAGCCGGUUUCUUGGAACAGCAUUUCUUAGAUGGAAAUGAACUGGAACAGUGGCGGCCACCUGACUUCGACCCGGAUCCACCUGUAUUAAAACAGAUUACUGAUCCGAAGCUUCGGGAAUUCGCAAAGAAUGUUAUAGGAUUUUGGGACAAGCUAGGUCGAAAAGUGAACCCUGAUGUCAACACGCAUUCUAGUCAAUAUAGCUUCCUUUAUGUUCCUAAUGGGUUUAUUGUUCCCGGUGGUCGUUUUAAAGAGCUUUAUUAUUGGGAUUCAUUCUGGAUUAUACGCGGACUCCUCAUCUGCAAUAUGACACAGACUGCUAAGGGUAUGAUAGAAAAUUUAUUGUAUUUAGUAGAAAAGUUUGGAUAUAUACCAAAUGGAAGUCGAGUUUAUUAUUUAGGAAGAAGUCAGCCUCCGAUGUUAGCUGCAAUGGUAGCUAUUUAUUACGCGUACACCGAUGAUUUUGCUUGGUUAGAAAAACACCUGCCAACUGUCGAAAAAGAACUUCAGUAUUGGUUAGAUAAAAAGAAAGUGACAGUAGAAGUAAAAGGCAAGCAUUACGUACUGCUCCGCUAUUUUGCCGAUCGAUCUGGUAAAGGACCACGCCCAGAAUCAUAUUUUGAAGAUUACACCACUGCCCAAACUCUAGAAGAUGCUAUUAAAAAAGAAGAAUUUUAUGCCGAAAUGAAAAGUGCUGCCGAAAGUGGGUGGGACUUCUCAACACGGUGGUUUGUGACUGCCGGUCAAGAUGUCAUCGGCAAACUAACUGAUGUGCACGCUUCUCGAAUUCUCCCGGUAGAUUUAAACGCUAUUUUUGCAGGAGCACUCGAACUAGUGGGUGACUUCCGGAAUAAACUAAAGGAUAGAAGAGAAGCUAAGAAAUGGUGGAGCCUAGCUAAAUACUGGAGAAAUGCGAUAGAGAAUGUUAUGUGGGAUGAUGCAGACGGUGUCUGGUAUGAUUAUGACGCCCAGGCAAAGGCACCCAGGCGACACUUUUAUCCAAGUUGCACUGCUCCACUUUGGGCCGGUGCUGUAGAGGAAUACGAUGCACCACGGUACGCUGGGCGAUUAGUAAGGUACUUGCUUGCGUCGGGGGCUUUGGAUUUCCCCGGCGGAGUACCAGCAUCGAUCCUACACUCGGGAGAGCAGUGGGAUUAUCCAAAUGCAUGGCCUCCUUUACAGAGCAUUUUGAUAGGUGGUCUCGAAGCCAGCGGCAACGAGGAAGCGCAGAAACUGGCCCAUGAACAGGCAGUUAUAUGGAUGCGUUCUAACUACUUAGGCUACAGUACAUGGAAAAAAAUGUUUGAGAAGUAUAGUGCUGUGCAACCUGGACACCAAGGUGGAGGGGGCGAGUAUGAAGUCCAGGAUGGCUUUGGAUGGACAAAUGGAGUUGUUCUAGAGUUACUUCAGAGAUACGGCAGAGAUAUUACCUUGCACGAUCGGCGAGGUACUACAUUACCUUAUGUACGCCAAGUAUUAUAA